CGCUCAAAUGUGAGGGCGCGUCCGGCAUUUAAUUUGAAAAAAGCUUAUUUAUUUAUUUAUUUUCUAGAAACAUGGGACCAGUGUGGGCUUUCGUCGUAGGCGCGUUCCUCGCAAGCGCGCAAUGCGCACCACCAGGGAAACCCCAGCUGGGAUGGGGCGAGCGCACCUUCGCCAUUGUUGAAGUCAACCAAGCGGCCACUGCUUACAACCAGCUUGUCACCAAGAGGGAUUCCGCUGACGUCUCAGUAACCUGGAACGUCUGGUCCGGAGACCCGGCAGACAAAGCAAGAGUACUCCUAAACGGCAAGGAGUUCUGGACCGGCGCCGCUGGUGCUUCGGGCUCUGCAGCCUUCAAGGUCAAGCAAGGAGGCAGGUACCAGAUGGUCGUCGAACUUUGCAACUCUGACGGAUGCAGCUCAAGCGACCCCACCGAGAUAGUAGUCGCCGACACAGACGGCAGCCACUUACCCCCCCUGGACUUCAGCAUUGGAGAAAAGAAUAAGAGAUUCAAGCAAACCUCAGGGAAAGUACUCGGUGCUUACUUUGUAGAAUGGGGAGUGUAUCCGAGGAAGUUCCCCGUGGACCGCGUGCCGAUCCCCAAUCUGACUCACUUGUUGUACGGGUUCAUUCCGAUCUGCGGAGGCGACGGCAUCAACGACAGUCUGAAGGAGAUUGAGGGCAGUUUCCAGGCGCUCCAGCGUUCCUGCAGCGGCCGCGAAGACUUCAAAGUGUCCAUUCAUGACCCCUGGGCCGCUCUUCAGAAACCACAAAAGGGCCUUUCUUCAUGGAACGAACCUUACAAAGGAAAUUUCGGCCAACUGAUGAUGUUGAAACAGGCGAGACCAGACCUCAAGAUUUUGCCUUCCGUCGGCGGUUGGACUUUGGCUGAUCCAUUCUUUUUCUUCACUGACAAGACAAAGCGUGACCGUUUCGUUGCUUCCGUAAAAGACUUCCUCCAGACCUGGAAAUUCUUUGACGGCGUCGAUAUCGAUUGGGAGUUCCCUGGAGGUAAAGGCGCUAACCCCAAUCUCGGCAGUCCCAAAGACGGCGAAAUCUACGUGCUUCUGAUGAAGGAACUGCGCGAGAUGUUGAACGAGCUCUCUGCGGAGACUGGAAGGAAAUACGAGUUGACGUCUGCCAUCAGUGCUGGUUGGGACAAGAUCCAAGUCGUCGAUUACAGCGCAGCGCAGAAAUACAUGGACCACAUAUUCUUCAUGACCUACGAUUUCAAGGGAGCGUGGUCCAAUGAUACUCUUGGUCACCAGGCUUCUCUGUACGCUCCAUCUUGGCAGCCGAAGGAGACUUACACGACUGAUUUCGGCGUGAAAUACUUGUUGGCGCAAGGUGUGAAUCCUAAGAAGAUUGUGGUUGGUGUUGCCAUGUACGGACGUGGCUGGACCGGUGUCCACGGUUAUGAAGGUGACAAUCCUUUCACUGGCAAUGCAACGGGUCCUGUUAAAGGUACUUGGCAAGACGGUGUGGUGGACUACAGAGAAAUAGCAGAUGAUAUAGCUGCUGGGAAAUGGGAGUACCAUUAUGAUAAGGUGGCACAAGCGCCAUACGUGUUCAGGAAGGCCACCGGAGAUCUAAUAACGUACGACGAUGCCAGAUCAGUUAUAGAGAAAGGCAAAUACGUCAGAAAUAACAAAUUGGGUGGUUUGUUCGCGUGGGAAAUUGACGCGGACAAUGGUGACAUAUUGAAUGCUAUGAACAUGGGUCUCGGCAAUAGUUCGUGAUUUCGGAUUGUGAUAUAAUAAGUUGUAUACAAAAAAAUAUAUCGUAUGUGAAGUGUUAAGAAAAAAAAGGUCUCAAAAUGUAUUAUUAAUGUACGUAUGUGCUAAGUGUAAGCCUGUGAAUGUGUUCGACUGUUUUAUUUUCAUAAAAUAAAAUGUGAUUAGGUUAAAUAAUAUAAAGUUAUUUAAAAACCG